UGGGGUGCUGAGGCUCUGGGGAACGCCUGCGGGUUCGUCUGUGCCUGUCUGGCUGGAGCCCGAGCUGCUAACACCGGUUCUGUAGGCUGGAAGGCCUUGCCUUGUCGCAGCCGGGCCCCGGCCGCUGCCUAAGAAAUUCGGGGCCUGUCUGGAGCCCUUGGUCCAGCACCCACCCAGUCGCCAGGCUGGGGCAGGAGGUUUCAUUGACUCUAAGGGGAGGAAGGAGUCUGGGGGUUCCACGCGUGACAUCACAAUCGCCUUCAGAUGUGGGAGGAGCCGGAGAGGCAUUUCCCAGGAGACUGUCCUGCCUUGCUCCCUCCUUCUCCCUUCUUCCUUUCUUUUCUCCCUUUCCCCCACCCUUCCUCCCCCAUUCAGCUGCUUUGGUGCCCAACCUGGAACUCCGCCCCACCUGUGCCACAAGGUCAGGGGGAGUUCCUCAGCCCGCAGGACUGAGAAGAUUCUGUACAAAUGAGCAUCACCUGGGGCUGGUGGAGCUUCUCAGGAGAUGUUUGAAGAGUGAAUGGCUGGUGGGAGGAAAGGGGUGCUGCUGCUGUUGCCACUCUGUACUCUCUCAGAUGUAAACAGGUUACCCAGCUGGGAGAGACGACACCUGCUGGCUGGCGUGGCGUCUAGCACUGAUGCGUCUACCUUCUCCGAAGGUGAAUUCAAGGACCCGGACAGGUGCUGCUGGAAACACAAACAGUGCACCGGGCACAUCAUCCACCCCUUCACCCCUGACUGUGGCCACCGUAGCCUGCACCUGCACUCUGUCAGCCACUGCGACUGUGAUUCUAGGGUGAAGGACUGCUCAGAGAAGGCAAACAGCAGCAGCUCCCGAGACGUAGGCCCAACCUGCUCCCGAGAUGUGGGCUCAACAUGUUUAAACAUCGUCCAGUCCCCUUGCUUUGAGCUCAUCCCAGAGGAAGAGUGUGUGCAGCGGUUCUGGUAUGGCUGGUGCAAAAGCUAUAGGCCUGUCUCUGUGGCAGUGAUCCACCAUCCCAUCCACCAUGACUGUGGGGCAGACGAUCUGAAUGAAGAGGAGGAGGAGGGGGAGGAAGAGGAGGAGGAAGAGGGAAGCAAGCCUCCCAUCCCGACCCAGGUGGGGCCCGCCACCACACCCGCUGACACAGGCAUGGGUGCAGUCACAGGCACCCCGGACUCAGCAGCUCCCAUCACUAUCUGGCGCUCUGAGAGCCCCACAGAGAAGUCCCAGGGCAAUAAAGUGAUCAAGAAGGUAAAGAAGAAAAAAGAAAAAGAGAAAGACAAGGAGGAGGAGACAGAUGAGAAGGCAAAGCUGAAGAAAAAAGCCAAGAAGGGCAAACUGAUUAAGAAGAAAAGCCCAGUUAAAUCGGAAUCUCCACCUCCAGACUUGACCCGAUCAAUAAGCCCAAGAGAGUUGGCCAGGAUGUCAGAGUCCAGCCCAGACAGCCGGGAAGACCUGGAGAGUGAGGACAGUUACAAUGACCCCAGGCGGGAGGAACCCUCCAGCGAGGAUAUUGUGGAGUCUUCAUUGCCCAGGAAGAGAGAGAACACGGCCCAGGCUAAGAAACCCAGGGCGAAGGCCUCACCAGUCAAGAAGGUCAAGAGGAAAUCUCCCCCAGCAUCAAACCCCAAUCUCAGUUGAGGCCAGGGCAUCCAGGGUGAAGAAUAAAUGAGAUCAAGCCUG